AUGGCAGUGGGAAUAUAUGGUAAUGAAUCAGAAGGCAAGAGGGCAGCUGGACCAAGGACAGGAUCACUCUCAAAGCCUGACCCCAUAGUGAACCCUCAGUCAGGUAUUGAAGACUGGCCUUGGCAGCAAUCAGAGCCAUGUAAUGUGCUCUCCCCACAUAUCGUGGAGAACUUUCUUGAUAACCUGCUAAGAAGAGCAGCCUGUCAAGAAGCUCAGGUGUUUGGCACCCAGCUCAUUCCUCCCAAUGCACAAGUGAAGAAAGCCUCAGUCUUUCUCAAUCCUGCGGCCUGCAAAGGCAAAGCCAGAACUCUAUUUGAGAAAAAUGCUGGCCCAAUUUUACACCUGUCCGGCAUGGAUAUGACUGUUGUCAAGACAGAUUAUGAGGGACAGGCCAAGAAGCUCUUGGAGCUGAUGGGAAGCACAGAUGUGAUCAUCGCUGCUGGAGGAGCUGGCACACUGCAGGAGGUUGUUACUGGAGUCCUUCGAAAGACAGAUGAGACACAUUACAGACACUUGAUGUGUUGCAGAUCAAGGGCGAAAAGGAACAACCUGUGUUUGCAAUGUCUGGCCUCUGAUGGGGAUCCUUCAGAGACAGUGGCGACAAAGUACUGGUAUCUUGGUCCACUGAAAACCAAAGCAGCCCACUUUUUCAGCACGCUACAGAGCAAAGAAGACUUCAUGAACAUUUGCAUCGAGCCUGAUACUGCCAGCAAAGGAGAUUUCAUAACCAUAGAAAGUAAGAAGGUGAGAGACCCUGACCUGCGCACAGCUGGUACUGAGUGUCUCCAGGCCAGCCACUGCACUCUCCUCCUUCCUGAGGGAACUGAGGGCUCCUUCAGCAUCGACAGCGAGGAGUAUGAAGCCAUGCCUGUGGAGGUGACGCUGCUGCCCAGGAAACUGCAGUUCUUCUGCAACCCACGGAAGAGGGAGCAGAUGCUGCAGAGCGCAUCCCAGUGAUCCGGCUGCAGCACAGCGCUGGAAUAGAACAGAAAAGGGCAGAGGAAAAGCUUCCAUCGCUGUUGAAGCAGAGGGAGCUGUUCGCCAAGCAAAAGGACUUGGCAGAAAAACUGCAGCAUCACCAAGAUGUCUCCCUGAUGAGCCCAGGCUUGGAGGAGGUUUUAGAGCUAAAUGGAUCCUGUACCUGAGAAAUCUGUCUUUUGUGGGCUUCUGCUCAUUGGCAAGGCUCCCAACCACAGCCAGAGAAAGAAAAUAUUAAGAGUGUUGUGCUGGUCCAGUCAACAAGAACUUUUGGGCAAACAGUGUGUUUGUUGCUGGACCUCUUGACCUCUUCACAGGACUCUUGCAACAAAAUCUACUACCCUGGCAGCUUCCUGUUCUCCUGUCUCAAUGUCUUCACUUUUUUCUUCAGCUGAGGCCACUCACUCAGAAGUUGGCUGUGGAGGAUGCUGAACCACCAACAAGUGUUGAAUAACCACCAAAAAGUGGUGAGCCCCAGGCAACUUACAUCUGCCACCUUCAUCUCCAAGUACCAUCAUCCUUGCAAGGUGCCAGAUAGUAGGAUAGCCCCAGACUGGAGCCUACAAUAGCCAUGCCAGCAUGGCUUCAAGGCAGGCCAAAUCCAGAAAACAGCAAAAUUCUGGAAAGACUCAAUUUACUUCUGAAAACCCUGACAACAACUGUAUCUCCAGUAACAGGAAAUGUCCCCCACUUGUGGUUUUCUCACCUUGGUACCUGGAAAAUACCAGCAGGAAGAGGCAAAUGUGCUCCAGGGAAGAACAGAAAAACAAAUAGGUGGAAUAUAAUCCACCUAUGGGUCCCAAGGAAAUCAGCUCUGUAAACCCUUGCAAGCAGGAGCCCUGAAGGAAGGAUCAUCCCAUCUUUUGGAAAGUUUAGCAGUCACUUUUCUGUGGGUCCUGCAUGUCCAGUUUAUACAUCAUACCAUCAAGCAGCCCAGGCAAGAGCAGAUUCAUGCCCAAAUGACAAACUUGUCGUUUUGGAGGCAAAUUCCAUAAUGAGUUUCUUUGAUGACCAUCAACCUCUCUGAAGUAAUUGAUGCUGCCAGAAGCAGACAAGUCUCACUGUUGAGAAAAGUCUUAAGUGCUUAAAACAUU